GUUCCAAUAUUGCUCCAGUCAGAUAAAUAGUCGAAACCAAUGAACAUACCCAUCUGUAUUACAAUAGCUCAUCUGGUAAUCGGACUAUAAAGACGACAACUAUUGGAGUAAUUAUAGAGGUGGACUGGUGUGUUACCUGUAGUGCUUUACAGGAAUAAUACUUUUACUGGACAGUUCUAACUUAAAACAUAAUUCAUGAAUUGCUCAAAAAAUAGGAAAGGGACAAUUUUUCCUGAAAACUAUUACAACAUGAGUGGUAUUUCUGAUUUUGCCAUGUUUCGUUUUAAUUUAUGGCACAAAAACCCAUUCUUUUCUCACCAUGCAGCAGCAGUGGCUGCAGCUCAGGCCGGAAACCCAGGUAUCAUGGAAAAUACUUCAUUUGUUCCUAAUCCACUGACUUCUCCGGCUCUGAUGGUGUUGGCAUCAACAGCUGAAAAUCAUGAGGGGGCGCGGAUGCCUGCUCCACCCCACCACUACCAAGGACAAAAUGUGGACAAAGACUUGGCGACACCUUUUGGCACCCCUCCCUUUACCAUGUACAGACCAGGGGAACACUUCCCCCCUCCUAUGUACACACCUGUCCCCCCUUAUGUACGUGCCAACCUGGAGCGCGGGAUGGGGCUGAUUAACCCCGGGGGUGGGAGCGCAUUUAGGCCUGUCAGUAACCCCGAAGGAGUUGAGAACUAUCAUUCUGCGUUUUCUUUGGCUAAAAAACCCAAACUUGAUGAGUCCAGCUCUAGUUAUGCCUCGUCAGAGAAGUUGGACAGAGACAGUUGUGAUCCUCUCCAUGAGGGUGCGGAAAGUAAGGGAUCCACACCCUUUGUUAAGGAAGAACGUCCUUCUAGCAUCAGCUCUGCCACCAACUCAGAAAAUUUCUCGGAUGGGGGAGACUUUGAUAGGGGAACCCCGGAUUCGGAAGGAAGAUCUCUUAGAAAGCAGAGGAGAAAGUGUGUGUUGGAUGGCCAGACACCCUGCUGUCCUAUCUGUGGUAUUACUCUGAGGCCGGGCGAGGUCGACAUCCACUUCACCCUCGAACUAGACAAACUCAAUCGCUAUACAAGGAGUGGUAGGCGAUCAAGGGACACGACUCCACAAGGGCGAAAGUCGCUGCCAUCUCCUUCUGGUCGACGAGGAAAAGAUUCUCCGUCCAUCGAGGUGGCAUCACAGUCCCGAUUUGAUACGUACCAAAGGAUCAAGUGUAAUCGGCAGGCCCGGCUUACUAGUCGUAGCAGGACAAGGAAGAAGAAGACGGAGGAAACUGUUUGUCCGAUUUGUAACGAGAGACUGAGCGGCACACCCGAGGAACUCAAUGGACAUGUAGAGAUGUGUCUUAAAAAGCGCAAUGAAAUUGAGGAUGAGCCGGUGGAUGUGGAGGGGGACGGUGACACGUAUGAAGAGUAUACGUGGGCGGGGCAGACGAGGAUCAGGGCCACCACCAUGCUACAGGGCGGCUUCUCAGGUACUGGGUUCCAGGUGAUGAAUCUCAAGAAAUCCAUGGAGGAGGACGUUGAUCUCAACGUGGACGGAGAUGACUCAGAACUGUAUGGGACUGCACAAUUUAAUGAAGGGGACGUGUUACCGUGCCGAUCUGAUGAGCCGUCAGAAGAUCUGGAGAGAAAGGCUCUAAGAGGAGCUGUAUUAAGAAAUAUUUCACCUGGUGAUCCAUCCACUUCACAGUGCAAUGUAUCUAGUGCUCAAGAGUCCAUGGAGAUGGAAGGCAACAGUAGCUCCAGUCCGGGUAGUUCCCCACCUCAUCCACACAGGUACACUGAACACCACCUCGGCAUGAACAUAGAGGGUUCUGCCGGGGAGGUAAUUGAAGCCCUCAAAGCAAGGUUAAAAUCUAAGGAAUUGACAAAGAGAGAGAUCCCCAAAUGUCUCAUAUGUAUGGAGACGUAUAACAAACCACUUACCUCAAUCCAGUGCUGGCAUGUCCACUGUGAGGGUUGCUGGCUCAAGACAUUGGGUGCCAAGAAGCUGUGCCCACAAUGUAACAUGAUCACUGCCCCUGGGGAUCUGCGUCGCAUCUUUCUCUAAUCAUCUGUGAUAGGCUGAUGGGAUGUCCUGAUGACCUUGAUUUGAUAGGUGGUGACCUUUCAUCAUAUUCCUUCGUAACUUAUGUGGUGAUGUAAUAUCGCUGUCUAAUGAAGUCCCUAUCAUAACGUGGUGACCAGUGGUCACAAGCAGUAUUAGUUGGAUGGUGAACUUUACUGGACGUAUUUCAAACCUUUUUUUUUAAUUUAUAGACUUUUUGAGAAAGUGUAUAUAUAAAAUAUAUAUGAGUGUGUCACGAGGAAAAAAAUGUCUUCUUAUCUAUGUUGUAAUUAAAUGACAAACAAAUCCUCAGUCUUUUCAAUAUUUUGAUCACCUGGCACAAAAUGCCUGUGAGCUUAUGGUAUGGUGCAGCAUCUGUCUCGUCAGUAUCCGUCCGUCAACUUUUCUUUAAACGGCAUUCUUAAGAACCGAAAUAACUAGAGUAAUGGACAACAACCUCGCUCAUCUUUUCCUAAUGUAUUGUGUUCAGGUCAAAGGUUCACUUUUAGAGCAAAACACAUUAUGUUCGUAGGUAAUAAGCCUAGGAGAUCUUGUCACAUUCCAGAAGGCACAGAGUUAGGAUACUUUGUCAGUAGCUACUAGUGAUGCUUUAAAAUGUCUGAAGUGAAUUACCUGCAUAGUGUAAAAAGUUUUGUUUAUAGCUAUGCCUUUAAGCUAGCUAUUCAUGAGGUCAAAUGUUAAAAGUGGGUGCUGACAGGUCAAAUGUCAGUCGAGAUUAUUAUGGGCAAAAUGCUUUUGGAAGAUAUUUUUUCCAAAUCCCAGAAGAUAUUUCGUCAGUAGCUACCUGGGAUAAAAUACUAAACCGUGUUUAUCUGACAAUAUGCCCAUGCUUGGUAAUAAACUCAUCAAUAUAUAUUGCAGUUAGGAAGAAAUGCCAACAAAUCUUUUUCAUUGUCCUGUUAUAAGCCCAUCCCCCUACUUAUGUGUUGGCCCCCUGAAGACACAUUUGAACUCUUCCAUUCAAAGGUUAUGAAAUAUCAGGGGUGAAUGAGUUAAUUUAUCACAUAACCAAAUCAUUAUGACAUGUAGGAAUCCCAAAACCAAUCAUGAGAGGAAUAGAUUGCUGAGCCUGUUUGUUAAGCCUGCUCGUAGCAACUAGGCAGAGAAUACCUUUUUUGCUGUUUUAGUUUGUUAUCACAAAGACCAAACCAAGUAACAACUAUUUGAAAAAGUUGAUAGUUUUUAAACAGAUUCUUUGAUCAGAAGAUUGUUUGGCUUAAAUGUUUUCAAACUUUUUAUUAUAUAUUUGUUGUUUCUGUGUUGAUAUGAAUGAUACAAUUUUUGCAUAAUCAUUCCUGUAAGUUAUUGGAAAAUAUAUUUAUGUUUAAAAUUUGAAUGUUUGAAAACAGAAAAUUAAAAAAAAAAAAAACUGACAAGAAAACCAUAGGGGUUGAAGGCAUCGCAAAGCCUAUGCUUUACCAAUGUCGCAAUAAAGGAAUUAUUCAAGACUAGCAUCAAACUGAUUGUCCAAUUUAAGGGUCGUGAAGCAUAUAAAGAUCUUGACAGGGAGGGUAACUCUGAGACAGAAAAGCUUGUUUUGGCUGCUUCAUGUUCUAUAUAGAAGGGAGAGAACCAUAAUUAAAAACUUUCAGUGGAACUCUUCUGUGUGUUUAUAACCAAUACAGUGGUACUCUUUACCUUAAUGCCAAAUGAUUUCAUCAUGUGAUAUUUGUCUGAUGUGUUCUGUCUGUCGGAUAUCUUGCUGUAGAUUUUAAUGAUUUUAAUCUUACCAAUGGCCUUGGUAUACAUACAGAAAGUGUUGAUUUCAAAUAAACAACAGAAGGUAUAAACUGUUCAUAAAGUGCAUAACAAAAACAUUUUUCAAUUUUAAUUGAGAUUUUGAUGAACAAUCAAUCUUGAUUCCUAACUGAGAAAUUUUCAUGAUGAUGUUACUUGUGAAAUGUUCAUUCAUGCAUGUGUGUCAGUUUUACUCUAUUAUAUGAAUAUCCAGAAUUGAUUGGGAAAGCAAUUGUUUGCUUAAAUGAAGUUUGAAAAGAAAAUGUACAAUAAAUGUACAUGUGUCUGAAAAUACGUUGAGAAUGGAUGACUGAUCCAGGGUAUGUAUGCUGGUCAUUAUGGCUACUGUGUUAAAUAUGGUUACCCCAGUAAGAAGAUGUCUGCUCUAAUAUGUUUGGCUGUCCUGGUUAGUUUGCUAUUAGGAUAAAUAAAAUUAUCCCGGUAUUAAUGAGUACCUGGUAAUUCUGGCUACUGUGUUAAAUAUGGCUACCUAGUAAAAAUGUGUCUGCUCUAGUAUGUUUGACUAGCAUGUGCUAUAAUGAUAAAUAAAAUAAUCAAGGUAUUUAUGAGCACCUGGUAAUUCUGGCUGCCAUCCUAAGAAUGGCUUUCCUCGGUAAAACGACCAAUAUAAGUAUGGUUCUUUGUCCUUGAGAGUAAGAGUCUUUGUUGUACCCCCAGGUUUGACCUUGAGAGUAGGAGUCUCUGUUGUAACCCCAGGUUUGACCUUGAGAGUAAGAGUCUCUGUUGUAACCCCAGGUUUGACCUUGAGAGUAAGAGUCUUUGUUGUAACCCCAGGUUUGACCUUGAGAGUAACAGUCUCUGUUACCCCAGGUUUGACCUUGAGAGUAAGAGUCUCUGUUGUAACCCCAGGUUUGACCUUGAGAGUAAGAGUCUUUGUUGUAACCCCAGGUUUGUUCUGUAUGUUUGUUAUUGAUUAAGAUGUUAUCACUUGUAGGAACUUGAAGAGAUGUCAAAAAGAAUAUUAUAGAAGGUUGUGAAUUUGUACUCAGAAU